UUCUUCUUCCGCAUCGGACGGCCUUAAACUACUUCAAUUUCUGCUCUAUUUACAUAGCUCGAUAAACUGUACUUUAUUUUGUUUGGGUAGACACCCACUGAAUCGUAAUACUGCCCCUUUAAGUCAGGAGCCGUGGCACCAGGGCUACUAGGUUAGCUAUCUGUCCCGGAGGAUAUGGCGGAGUGUACGAAAUCCCUCUCGGGGCUGUCUUUCUCAGAUGAAAUGACCUCUCUCGCUCGGGCACUUUCGUCAACCACAUUAAAUCAGCUGGAACAGGCCGAGGCUAUUCAGUCACAGCCGUCUGUCUGUCGGAUGGGGCAGGGUUGGAGGAGGAGAAGGGUCUCCAGCAGCCAGAGUGUUGACUCGGUGGAUGCCAUCGCUGAGGCGAGGGUCCUGGUCAUAAAUACCGGUGGAACCAUCGGGAUGAUGUACCACGAUAACGUACUGUGUCCGGAGCCCAACGCCCUGGUUAAAGUGCUGCGGAAACUCCCAAUCCUUCACGAUGAGCAGUAUGCACAGCAGACCAAGCUCUACGAGUACUACGAACCUGCGUAUAACACACUGGUGCUGCCGAUGCCCACACACCAUGCCGAUGAGCUGUUUCAAGGGCUAUCCAAACAGGACAAAAGGAUAGUGUAUACUCUGUUGGAGUAUGCCCCUCUGCUGGAUUCCUGCAACAUGACAACGGAUGACUGGGCCAGAAUAGGCAAAGACAUUGAGAAACACUAUGAGAAAUAUGAUGGCUUUGUCAUCCUGCAUGGCACAGACACCAUGGCCUACACAGCCUCAGCCCUGUCCUUCAUGUGUGAGCACCUCGGCAAGCCAGUCAUCCUCACUGGAUCUCAGGUACCUAUCUUUGAAAUGAGGAAUGAUGGGCGGGACAACCUGCUGGGGGCGCUGUUGAUCGCAGGGCAAUUUGUCAUUCCUGAGGUGUGCCUCUACUUCCAUCAUAAGCUGUACAGAGGCAACCGCGUCACCAAGGUGGAUGCUGGGAGUUUUAAUGCGUUCAGCUCCCCCAACCUGGCUCCUUUAGCCAAUGCUGAAGUGGACAUCAAAAUAAACUGGGACACAGUGUGGAGGGCAAACACGACAGCAAAGUUCCAGGUGAACACACAGAUGAACCGCAACGUGGGCCUGCUCCGCCUCUUCCCAGGGAUCACCGCAGACACAGUGCGGGCCUUCUUGCAGCCCCCCAUGGAGGGCAUUGUGCUGGAGACCUACGGCAGCGGUAACGCCCCGGACAAUCGCACAGACCUGCUGGAGGAGAUCCGCAGUGCCACCAAGCGAGGCCUCAUCAUGGUCAACUGCACCCAGUGCCUCAGAGGCUCUGUCACUACCUCAUAUGCCACAGGAAAGGCUCUGAGUGAUGCUGGACUGGUAGCCGGGUGCGACAUGACUCCUGAAGCUGCCCUGUCUAAACUCUCCUACGUGCUGGCUAGGAAAGACCUUAGCACACUUGAAAAGAAGAAGCUGUUGAGCAGGAACCUGCGCGGUGAGAUGGUUGCUGACCUCAGUGGGGCCAAGCUCACCCUCAGCAACAGCCGCUUCAUCCAGGUCAUUGCCAAGUCCCUCAGCAUCAGCUGCAAAGAGGAGCUGGAGGCUAUCCGUGACACCCUGACCCCCACGCUGGCCUGUGCUGCUGCUAAGAUUGGCGAUAUUGAGGCACUGGAGGCCAUCCGGGAGAUGGGCAGUAAUCUGAGCACGGCGGACUAUGACAAACGAACUCCACUUCACGUUGCUGCCUGUGAGGGACAUCUGAAAACUGUGCAAUACCUGCUGGGCCAAGGAGCUACUGUAUAUGCCAAAGAUCGCUAUGGAGACACACCCCUUCAAAAUGCUGUUCGUUUCAGACAUAAAGAUGUGGUGGAGCUUCUGCGGAAGACUGGAGCCCAUUUCUCUCGGGAGGAACUGGAGGGUGUUGGAACCGAACUGUGCAGUCUAGCAGCAAACUGUGACCUGGAGGGACUGGAGAUUUGGUAUCUAGCUGGGGCUGAUCUAACCACCUCAAGUUUCAAUGGGCAGAUGCCUAUAGAAGUGGCCAUGCAGGCAGGCCAUGAUGAGAUGGUGCAGUUUCUACAAAAGGCUGCUCAAUGCCAAGCUCAGACAGUUCUUGAUGAAAGCGAAGAGGUACAUUUCAGUUUGUGUCUGAUAUUACUGCUGGUGCUCAUUUAGAGCCACAGUCAGGGAUUUGCAGAAUUGGUCAAUGAUAUCAAAAUAUCCUUCCAUGCUUCAUGUGGCAAAUAAAUUAAUUUAAUCUGAAGAAAAGCUAGGAUAGUUUAUACUACUUACAAAGAUUAAAAUGAAAUCUAUAGUUUCUUGUAUAUUUAUCUCAGCCUGAAGGGGAGUCAUGUUGUUAAUGUCUUUGUUGAAUGUUGUGUCUUGCUUUAGUUGUGUGACUUUUUGCUUUACUGGGCUAGAACUCCCUGACUGGGUCUGUAACAUGAGCAGUGUGAAUGGUUCUGUAUUGGCUUUGUCCUCCUGGUGUGGUUCAAUUAUAUGUAAAGUCUUCCUGUGAUGUAGUUAAUAUUCUACCAGUUUUAUGAAAUGUGUCCUGAAGACAGGCAGAGAAAACGCCAUUGAUUUUGAUACCCGUGAGAAUGCUAAAAGUUUGCGAAGUUUAAUAAACUUUCUUUUAUGCUUGAUACAACUAGUUCAUUAAAGCUUAAUAAAAUUUCCAAUAGAUAAUGUUGUAAAGCAUCUUUAAUAGAAUUUCUUUGUCCAAACCUGAACAAACUAGGAGUGUCAAUGGUGAAGAAAAAUGCCAUCCAUGGUGUAAAAGGAGGGGAGCUUGUGAGGAACUUAGAUGGAGGACCUUAUUCUUCUCCGAGUGACACUGGGUAGUGGAAUCUUAAUAGGAAGUGUACCAAUGCAGGAAGAACCAGAAGCCCUCAUACAGGAGAGUCAAGAAGAAGAGUUGAGCCAGCGAUGUUAAAAGCCUGUGACAACUGAAUGUUGGCUAUAAAACAUCAUAAUCGAGAAGCUCAGUGUGAGCGUAAAGCAGUUUUAGAACAUCCAAAACCAGGUUGAGAACAUGUAUGGGUGAAUAGUUGUGAAUGUGAAUGUGAUUUAAUUGAGUCAUCAUUUGCAUUUAUCUGAUACUUUUAUCCAAAGCAACUUACAAUUAUGAUUUAGUAUAAUUUUGAGCAAUUGAGGGCCUUG